AUGGCUUUAGAAUUAUCAAAUGGCUCUAUCGAGAAACUAUGCAAUGGCAUGCUCGUACAACGGCCAAUCGUCCAAUUAAUGGGUUUUGAGACUGUACAGGUAAAACCCUAUGAAACAAAUUACCGUCUAGUGUUGUCGGAUGGCAUCCAUAUGAACUCUUAUUUUUUCCUGUGCAGUCAAUUGAACGAUUUGAUUAUAAAACAACAAGUGAAGUAUGCAACCAUUUUGAGGAUUGAUGAGUACAAAUUUAUGAAUGGAGAAAAUUCCGCUGAUCACAGUCCAAGGUGGAUUAUACUUAUUCAGAAAGUAACUAUAUUGAUUCACAGGAAUGUUUAUGGAAAUCCACAGCCUUUAAUAAAUAUUGAAAAAAAAGAAAUGCCGCUGAUCAAUUUAAAUGUGAAUAAGUCUCCUAGUAGGAUAUUUUAUUGCGUUGAACAUUUAGAAAAUAAUCUUAUGAGUGUUAAAGAUUUGAUCACACUACCUAAUGGCGGCUGUCCUUUUGUUUUAAAAUUGACUGUUGUAAAAAAAAAUGCAAUCAAUACAUACAGUAGUUGUAGAGUUUUAAAUAUCAAUAUGAUGGAUUCUACUGGUGUAGUACGUGUCAGUGCAUUCAAUUCGCUUUCAGAUAGCCUAAAUGAAAUAUUUGAGGAAAACAAAACAUACUACCUAGCGGACACAAUAUUGAAACAUAACCAAUUUGGAGUUGAACUAAAACUCCAACCUCAUUCAGUUAUAAUAGAAAGUAUUGAUAAAAUCCAGCCAAAAAUACAAUACAUCAAAACAUCUAAUUUUAAUAAAUUAUUAGAAAACAAUCCUAAUACAUUUUCUGAUUUAAUUGGUGUGUGCAUAGAAGUUGGUGAUAUAGAAGUGUGCAGUAAUUCAACAUCUCAAACAGAAAUUGGGAAACGAGAAAUUGUACUAAUCGAUAUGUCUAUGGCAACUAUAACUUUAAAAGUAUGGGGUGAACAAGUUAAUAAAUUUGACGAGAAGUUUGAAGACCCACCAAUAGUAAUGGUUAAGCAAGCUGUACUCAAACAAUUCAAUGGGGCUAAGUAUUUUUCCAUGGUUAAAUUCAGUGUUCUGUUCAUCAAUCCAAAUUUAGAGGAAGUACAUCAGUUGAAAGAAUGGUAUAAACAAUUGAUUGCAAUGGACGACUUUUAA